AUGGCUUUAUCCCCUACUCCGCGCGCACUAUUCUUCGAUGUAUUCGGUACCUGCGUUAACUGGCGCGCGACAGUUGUUAGCGCGCUUUCGCAAGCGGCCCACAAGUCACUCAACUCAGCCACUGCGUCGUUGGCCUCGAGACUGCGGCUUCGAGCUUCUGAGAUGAGCGAAGAGCAGUGGGGGAAAUUUGCUCAACAGUGGAGGAACAGUUACAAAGUUUUCACCAAACAACUGGCGGCUGACCCUGCACUUCCAUGGGUGUCUGUCGAUGACCACCACUUGAGUUCGCUCAAAGAACUUGUCACUUCAUGGGAGCUCGACGGCCUAUGGGACGAUGAAGAGAUUCGUGAACUGAGUCUAGUGUGGCACCAGUUGUUACCUUGGGGGGACUCUGUCGCAGGCGUCGAGUUGCUGAAUAAAGCAUUUGCUACAGCCAUGCUUUCAAACGGCAAUCUCAGUCUCCUCACUGACCUCCGCGCAUUCAGUGGUAUCCCAUUUACACAUGUCUUCUCGGCAGAAAUGUUCGGCACGUAUAAACCUUCACCUAAAGUCUACCUUGGUGCAGCGGAGAAACUCGGUAUUCCUCCCAAAGAAUGCGUUAUGGUCGCUGCACACCUCCCCGAUCUCAAAGCUGCACACGAAAAUGGGUUACAGACUGUUUAUGUCGAGCGUGCUGGUGAGGAAGAUUGGAGCGAGGAACAGGUCAAGGAGGCUAGGGAGGGAGGAUGGGUGAAUUUAUGGGUUGGCCUGGAGGAGGGGAGCAAGGGGUUUGUUAGUGUGGCGGAGCAAUUGGGUAUUGAUGUCAAGGAGGAGACGGAAGCGAAGAGAGUCGUUUCUCUUCCUGCGCAUAUGAAUUGA